AUGGCCAAGGUCGGUGAGGGCGAUCCGCGCUGGAUCGUCAGCGAGCGCACAGAUGGCGCCAACGUGAACUCGUGGCACUGGGAGGAGCGCGACCUUUCUCAACACACGCACAGCAGGCUCAAGAGCAUCUUUGCCGAGCAUGCGAUCCCGGUCCCGGCAGAUAUGGGGAAGAGCGUCGAGUACCUCAAGAUUGAGGAGCUGAGCGACAUAUCUGGCGACGUCACGGUGGCGCAGCGCAAAGGGAAGAUGAUGUGCUACUUCGAGCUGAAGAUGACGCUGAAGUGGGUGGGCAAGAUGGCCGACGCGGAUCAGGUGAUGCGGGGCAAGAUGGAGGUGGCCGAGGUCGACCACGACGAGUUCAGAAACGACUACGACAUUGCAGUCACAUGUCAGGAUAACGACGCCGCUUCGCAGCAAAUCCAGUCGGUGGUGCAGGCGGCCGGCCGCGCCACGGUGCGGCAGGAGAUCGUUGCCUUCUUCGAUGCCCUCUUCGCCGAGUAUCAGAUCGGCAAGCAGCUGAAGAGCGGUGCCGCCUUGCCCCCACCACCGCCACCAUCGUCGGCGUCCGCGUCCACCUCCCCGGGCUCCAACGCUGCUGCGGCUGAGAAGAAGUCUACGGCGCAGUCCAAGUCGAGCAGCAGCAGCAAUGAGAACACGUCCUUCUCGUGGAAGAUGCGCUGGGGCGCGCCAGUGGCGGAGCUGUACGCGGCCCUGACGGACCCGAGCAAGGCCAGCGUGUACACGCGGAGCCCCGCCACCAUGGACGUGAAGGCCGGUGGUCAGUUCAGCUUUCUCGGUGGUGUCAUCAGCGGCUACUAUGUGGAUGUGCAGCCCUUGACCCUGAUCAAGAAGCAGUGGCGUCUUGGCAGCUGGCCUGUCGGCGUGCACAGCUUGGUGGUGCUGCAGCUGGUGAAGGAGGAACCUGGCGUGACGACGCUGGAGUUCACUCAGUCCGGCAUUCCUGCUGGCGAGCUGCAAAGUGUGCAGGAGGGGUGGAAGGCAAACUUCUUCGAGGCUAUCAAGGCCGUGUUCGGCUACUCGCUCGAGUACAUGUGA